AUGAAGGCUGCAAAGGUGGAAGAGGCUUCCAUGGGCAUGCUAGAGACAGACUACCUGCAAGAGGUAGAAAUAGGUAAAAAGCUCCAAGAAAAAUAUCUCACAAUCAUCUCCCCUGAGUCUCCUGCUAAGCUCUACUGCUGCUAUGCAAUGAUCAUGGUCCUCGCUGUGGCUGUAAUUACACUUUUUGUUGCUUUUUCAGUGAGAACAGAAAAAUCAGUCAUUUCAACUCCUGGACCUUGCUAUGCCACCUGUCCAAAGGACUGGAUUGGAUUUGGAAAUAAAUGUUUUUAUUUUUCUGAAGACAUGAGAAACUGGACAUUCAGCCAGACAUCUUGCAUGGCAGUAGGGGCCCAACUAGCUCGAUUUGACGGCCUGAAGGAGCUGAAUUUCCUGAAGAGAUAUGUGGGUAAUUCUUUCUCCUGGAUCGACCUCCAGAGAGAAUCAACACAACACCCUUGGAAGUGGACAGACAACAUUGAAUAUAAUAACUUGGUUCCUGUUGAAGGAGAAGAAAAACAUGCCUACCUGGGUGAUUGGAGGAUCAGAAGUAGCAGGGACUACAUAAAGAGACAUUGGGUUUGUAGCAAGUCCAACAGCUACACUUCACAGUAUUCAGUGCCCAGUAGUUUUUAA